ACACGUCAAACGUUAAAAAUGUCACUAACACGCGUUCCUUCUGCUGUUACAAAGAACUUGGCAUUCGCUAAACAGCUGUGUUCGCCGGUUAACACUUUAAUUUUGCGAAGAUCUUUUGCGACUGUAGCCGCUCAAAAAACAAAUUCUAAAAUGUAUAUUGCCGAGGAACGAGGAUCUGCAUACUCACCCGACUAUAGAGUCUAUUUCAAGGAUGAGAGCGGCCCCAUAUCGCCACUGCACGACAUCCCGCUGUGGGCGGACCGCGAGCGGCGGCUGGCGCACAUGGUGGUGGAGGUGCCGCGCUGGUCCAACGCCAAGAUGGAGAUCAGCCUCGGCGAGCCGCUCAACCCCAUCAAGCAGGACGUGAAGAAGGGCGCGCUGCGUUUCGUGAGCAACGUGUUCCCGCAUCACGGCUACAUCUGGAACUACGGCGCGCUGCCGCAGACGUGGGAGAACCCGCAGCACGUGGACGCGGGCACGCAGGCGCGCGGCGACAACGACCCCAUCGACGUGAUCGAGAUCGGCGACCGCGUGGCGGCGCGCGGCGACGUGCUCACCGUCAAGAUCCUCGGCACGCUGGCGCUCAUCGACGAGGGCGAGACGGACUGGAAGCUGCUGGCCGUGGACGUGCGCGACCCGGCCGCCGCGCGCCUGCACUGCGUGGCCGACGUGGAGCGCGAGCGGCCAGGCCUGCUGCGCGCCACCGUCGAGUGGUUCCGCCUCUACAAGGUGCCCGACGGCAAGCCGCGCAACCAGUUCGCCUUCGACGGCGAGGCCAAGGACGCCGCCUUCGCGCACCGCGUCGUCGACGAGGUGCACGAGUUCUGGCGCGGACUGGUGUCGGGCGCCGUCUCCAACGCGGACGACAUUAACAAGAUGAACGUGACGGUGGAAGGCAGCCCGUUCCGCGCCGAGCGGGCGGGCGCGGCCGCCGCGCUGGCCGCCGCGCCGCCCGCCGCGCUGCCGCAGCCCAUCCCGCCCUCCGUGGACAAGUGGCACUACAUAUCGAGCCUGUAAGCGCGCCGCCACACUUUCUCCAAUUCUCGCUCGCUCCGAGCUUACGUCGCGUUAUGCAAAACAGGAAACUAGAGGUUGCGUAAUAUGUAGCAAAGAUUAUAGUAAAUGGUUUCAAGGAAUCCACUGAUAAGAUAAUGAUUGUAAAUUAAGUCACAAUUCAAUUUAUAGUUAUUUAUAAUUCGAGUAAGCGUGGCCUUCACUUUACCCUUAUCACUUGUUUGUAUUAACGGAACAAUUUUCUAAGAUUCAA